GUAUUUAAGGAUUUGGGCGUGGAUGUUAUCAAGGCUGCAUUUGAAGGCUACAAUGCGUGCAUUUUUGCAUAUGGUCAGACUGGGGCUGGGAAAUCCUACAGCAUGAUGGGAAUGCAGGAAGCUCCAGGUCUCAUUCCUAGAAUAUGUCAAGGGCUGUAUGCACGCAUGGAAUCAUGUACUGAUGACAAGACAGAAUUCCGAACGCAAGUCAGUUACCUUGAAAUUUACAAUGAAAAGGUACGAGAUCUUCUGCAACCCUCCAAAGGGAAGGACCAUUUCAGUCUUAAAGUAAGGGAACAUCCAAAGGAAGGACCAUAUGUCCAAGACCUGACCAGUCAUCUUGUAUCUGACUAUGACGGCAUUGAACAGUUGAUGUCAUCAGGCAACAACAACAGAACUGUAGCAUCAACAAACAUGAAUGAUGUCAGCAGUAGAUCACAUGCCAUUUUCACCAUUAAUUUUACUCAGGCCAAAUUCCAUGCUGAUAUGCCAAGUGAAACUCUCAGUAAGAUUCAUCUAGUAGAUUUGGCUGGAAGUGAACGAGCAAACUCCACUGGUGCAACAGGAAGCAGGUUAAAGGAAGGUGCCAACAUCAAUAAAUCACUGGUAACACUUGGCACUGUCAUAUCCAGCCUUGCUGAGGCCUCUGAGGGAAGUGUAAGUAGCAAAGAUUCCAAGAAAAAGUUCUUCAUUCCAUACAGAAACUCUGUACUGACAUGGCUUCUUAAAGACAGCUUAGGAGGCAAUGCUAAAACUAUCAUGAUUGCAGCCAUUUCACCAGCAGAUGUGAACUACUCAGAAACACUAAGUACACUAAGAUAUGCAAACAGAGCAAAGAAUAUUAUCAACAAACCAACAGUCAAUGAGGAUCCUAAUGUCAAACUUAUCAGAGAGUUGAGAGCUGAAAUUGAUAGACUCAAAGUUCUUUUAAAGGACAGAGUUGAUAAUGGUCUGGAUGUAUCAAUUGGUGAAGCAGAGAAAAACAGUAUCAAUGAACAGCUGCAUCAAAAUGAAGCUAAGGUAGAGGAACUCACCAAGAACUGGACAAGUAAAUGGCGAGAAACACAGAAGAUUAUAGAGGAGCGAGCACUUGGGUUUCGAUACGAAGGAGCAGGAGUAAAGAUGGAGUCUGAACUACCACAUUUGGUGUGUAUCGAUGACGAUGUAUUGAGUACAGGAAUCACACUCUACCAUUUAAAGGAUGGAAUGACAUAUAUGGGCAAAGAAGGAGCCAACACAACGCCAGAAAUAGUGCUCAGUGGUCCAGGAAUUGACGAUGAGACGUGUAUCAUGGAGAGUAUCGAUGGUAAUGUGAUCAUGCAUCCACUGUGUGAUGGCUGUCAACUUAACGGACAGAAUUUGACYAAACCAAAGCGGUUGAGCCAAGGCGAUGUCAUACUCUUGGGCAAGACAAACAUGUUUCGUUUUAACCAUCCUCAGGAGGCAGCAAAACUUCGAAAGCAAAGACUUUUUGAAUCAAUGGAAAAUCUUGCAGACAUUGGAACUGAGUCCGAAAGAACCCCAUCUUACCUGUUCUACAAUGCAGGUCUAGAGCUAGAGCGUCAAUACAGAGAAGAAACCCAGCUUAUCGAACAGAAAAAGCUUGAACUAGAAAGACAGCAAGUUGAAGCAGCAAGGAAACUCGAGGAAGCGAGACAAGAACUCGAGUUCCUUAAAGAACAACAAGAAAAGGCUGAAGAAACAAGGUCAGUCGAAGAAGAAGAACGYCAACGACUUAUGAAAGAAAACCAGCUUCAACUCGAAAAACAAAAGAAAUACCUGGAAGAUCUUCGAAUUGAACAGGAAAACGCACGGCAGCGAGCUGAAGCUGAAAUCAGAGAAGUCAAAGAGCGAAUCAAGAAGGAACAAGAGGAAGAAMGAAAGAGGCUAGAAUCUGAAAUGCAGCGUCUUCUUGCCCUGGAAGAAGAACACCGAAAGACGGUCCAUGCCAAAGAAAUCGAGAUGAACAAAAUGAAGGAGGCUCUUGAAAAGAAAUGGUUGGAAGAACGACGACAUGUGGAGGAGCAGAGAGAACAAGUCAAAGCUCUACAAGAAGAAAUAGACAUAAAGAGAAGAGAAGUUGAACAAGUGGAGAAACAGAUGAGACUUAAUACUGACCAGAACAGUGCAAGUAGCAGCAGUCCUUCUCCUGGGCGACGGAGCCCAAGCWGGCAAUCUGGCAGCUCUGAAACCCUACACAGAAGCUCUGCAGAGGUUGCGGAGUGUUUGGAUGUUCUUCCUGGCGAGAAACCCCAUAUUGAGUUCUUAAGAGCACGUCUAAGAGAGUUAGAGGCUGAAUACGAAGAGCAGCGAAAACUCGCACAGAAAGAAGUUGCCGAAGCCAAGGAAGAUGUUCGMAAAGCAGAACAGGAAGCUUUAGAAGGCCUUAGAAGUCUCACCACUGGGAAGUCAGCGAUUGAAAUUCAGUGGCAAAAACUUGAAGAGGUCCAAGCAAAGCACAAGCACAUCCAUGAUCAACAAGUCGCAAAAAUGAGGGACUUGAGGGAGAUCAUUGACCAUGAAGAGGAAGCGGAAGAGGCAGAGUUGAUUGAGAAAGAGAAGAUGAUAAUGGAGCGAAGAGCGGCCCGGCAUAAAGUGGAGGAAGCAAGGCGAAAGCUAGAGGAGCUGGAACACGAAGACAAAAAUAUUGACCUUACCGAGGAAGACUUUACCAAGAAGAAAGAACUCCUUGAGUGGGAAACUCGAGAAGAAAUUAAAGACAUCCGGGAGGAGAGAAAGAUACUGAACGAGCUUUACUCAAAACACCAAACUGCCCUCCAAAAAGCCACAACCAUGGUCACCGAAACGAAAACAAAACUCGAAAAGCACCUAGAAAGUGAGAAAUUAAUUCUAGUUCCGCUUAGAAGUAAAGUUGAGUGUCUGGUUCGUAACGAACUUGGUCCACUCAUUGAAUCUGAACAAGAAAUCGAAAGACGUUGUGAAGAUCUUGACUUUGAGAGCCGAGAGAGAAAGAAGUUGAUAUACAGGCAGCGAAAGAGGAUUGCCCUCCUGGAACGACAGCACAACCAGGCACUGCAGCAAGCGGAGAAAGAAACGCUCAACGAAGAAGAACUUGAGGAACUUGAGAACGAAAGGGAAGCCGAACAGAGUUUGAUUCGCAAGGAGAAAGUCCGUCUCCUGGAACUGGAAAAGAAGCACAAGGAACAACAAGAAAUGGCUGAGUUGACGAUAGGCGAAGCCGUGCAGGAACUUGAGAAAAGGAAAAGCCAAGUUAAUCAAAACUUGGAAAAUGAACGUAAAAAGCUUGCAGAGUUUGAAUCAGUCCACAAAGAGACUCUGGAACAUAUUGAAACCGAACUGGAAGCGAGAACAGAAAUGCUGCAUCGAGUGCGCGAAAAGGUACAAAAGGACAAGCGUCAACUUGCAAAGCUUGACGUAAGACAGCAGCGAUGUGCUGCCAAGGCUGCUGAAGAGUUGUUUCUCAUGGCUGACCUUCUCGAAAAGGAAAUGUCAAACAAAGGGAAGAGUGAUGAACUCCAGAAGAUAAAAGAACAUAGAAAGAAGCUCCAUGAACUGGACAGACAGCUUAGAAUGACCGARCGAAGGGAGAAAGGUGGUCGUGGAGACGACGAGCAGAAUCCAUGUACUCUAUACUGACUCCUAUGUGCCAUGGCAAUGAUUGACAGGCGGUGCAUUAUGGUUUGUAUACUGUGCCUUGUUGCUAUGGUAGCCUUAGUGACUGUGGUGAAGAUGGUUGUUUAUCCGUUUCUUUUGUUUUUGUUCGUGUGUUUUUGUAGUUCGUUUAUAGUCUUUUCGCUUAUUUUUUACUUGUUCGUUUGGUUUAUGGUAUAUUUUUCGUUCGUUUGUGUUGUGUUGUUCAUUCCUUGUCUAUUUCUCUCUUUUCUCUUUGUUCUGGUUUCAACGGGGAAGAAGGUGGGAUGCUUUCGGAAAGAUUCAAGUCGAGGCUAAUGAUACGARUGUGACUAGCUUCCUGAUAUGUGUAUAACUUCUUUUUCAUAUUUCAGUUUUCGUGUGAUUAUAUUUUGAUCGAUAUAGAGUUGUUGUAAACUUAAAGAAAUCAUUCAGUCAUGACCUUGAAUUCCGAAAGCUGACUGUUGUGAAAKUUUCAGAAUGUUGRCCCAUUCAUGCAAGCUCGUUUAUUAWUUKGUUUCCAUUUAUUCUCUCUAUGUUAUYGUUUGUGUUUAGAGUUAUGUACUUUUUAAUUCAAGUUACAGCAUGCRAAGUAAGUUGCAUUUCAAGUGUAUGGUCACGUGAUUUGCAACUACUUYCACAUGCGUUCACACAAUGUUUCAAAUGUAGUUUUCACCAUGACGACCAUUAUUGGGUAARUUAAUUURCCUGUCGUUAGUCCCACAUCAGAGUCACUAAGCACGUUUGUCCCUGGCUUUUUGUUCUCUUUUUGUAUAUAGCUUUUGAAGAACCGCUGUAUAAUGAAAAACGUUUUGAAUGUACGGAUUACUUUUCAAAUACAAACGAUGGUCAAAUCUGUGUAGUUCGUCUCUUUAUCGACUUUGGGCUGAUGGAUACAAUGUAAAAAACGUUUUUCAAACAACCUGAUUACAGUCAACCUGUUCGUUUAUUACUUUCGAUGAAUUUUCAGCCAGGCUGUUGUCCUACGACUUUUAUAUCUUCCUCUUGUUUGAGAUGAGAGGACUAUAGCAAAUUUUUUUCGACCAACAAGCCAGGGUCAAUCGAAAAUCACAAAUACGUGUAUUUUAUUAAAAUAGGAGUAUUGAAUUAUAAUAAUGCUAAUCAAUCSUUAAUAAUUAGUUAUUUAAUUAGGAAGAUGACGUCAUAAGAUGUUUUUCUUUUUGACGGAACGAACGGAGGAAUGAGGGAUUGUACCCAGACUAUCCUCGUCCACGAGGAUUUCCAAAUAAUUGAAAUGUUGCAGUGAGGUCUGCUGGAGUAUAUUUAAUUGACGUCUAUUCUCAUUGUGAUAGAGAUAUUUAUGAUACUGUUCGAUAUAGCUUGAUAUAGUAAGUAAUCUCUGUGAUCUGAAAUAAAUUUAGAUUUGUUUACUCUAUACCCAUGAAAUAAAGGUUGAAGUUUAUWUAGAAACAAGUAAUUUUAGCACUAUAGUCAAAUAGGACGAAAAUAAUAUAUUAAGAUUUAAUUUCACGGGUAUAGCGUGAACAAUCUAAGUACGAAUAAGGUAAAAUUCUUGCUGCAUUCAUCAUAGUAAUCAUCGAAGCCUUGAUUCCACUGAAUUGUUUUUCUCGGUCCAUAAUAAGGCUUGGUCAAGAUCGCGCUUUGAAAGCGCUAGAUAUGUGAGAUUACUUGCUUUGAUGGCCAUUUAUAUAGAUUUGACACGCACAACUAAACAACUUGAAACGACAUGGCUUUCUGAAAUAUAAAUAAUGUAAAUUGAAUAYAUUUUUUAAGCUUGUUAUGCUUUGGAAAUGAAAGGAGUCAUUAAAAAGUAAAAGAACGCGAAGAACCARUUCUUAAAACAAGGACAAAUUUUAUUUACAAUUGAUGUUUUCUAUGCGUUUUGGAUUAUCUAUGAUAGGUUAUGGUAUAAUACGAAAUAAUUGAAUUAAGGGAUUUGAGGCGGAGAAGCUGCCAUCGUGUAUCAAACAUACAAAUACAAUACCAUAAAACGUGAUAGAAAACGCAAGARGAACGAAUGCGUAAACGCAAUAGAAUAAAUAUGAAAAAGCAACAGGAAAACGCAAUAGGAAACAAUAUGCAAACUAAGAUUUGUGAGCAAUAUGUAUACACUAGGGGAAAAUGUGCUUGAAAUUUACUACGUUUCUCUUUCGGCAAACGCUGGUUCUUUGAUCGAUUCUUUGACAUAAAUCGUCGGAAAAAAGCGGGUAACGGCAGCCGAACUUAUUUCUUUACAACUCCGUACGAUUUUACGACGUUUUUCUUCUCAUUUUGGUGCACUAAGGAUGCAAUCAAUGUAAACUUCAUAUGGAUUGCAUUUGAAGGGAGAAUGUCAGCGAAUAUCAAGCCCUAACAAGAAGCUUUUUUCAACAUCAAUUAAUUUGAUUCUAUAAAUAAUCUCACUAUCAUUCCAAUUGUAUAUAAAUUAAUGAUAAUUUCAUUUAAUGGAAUAAAAAUAGUAAAGUAUAAAUAAGAAAGUAAAACGUAAGACUUUUUUCAUGGCUGACCUCAAAUUGGAGCUUGAAAUGUCCCCGAUAAUGCCUUGAGCAAAGAGGGAAUCAUUUGCAAAGCGCAACCUGGAAAAAAAGAGGAGAGACUUGAAACGAGUCCUAUGAAACUAUGAAACUUGAAUAUCAAUAAUAAUUGUAUUGUCUAAUUUUAAAAUUUCGAGGUGUGUUAUUUUCGUUUUUCACAUUUUAACACGCCUAAUGCGUGAUAUCGUUCAAUCGAUUAAAUUUCGUGAAUAUAUAAACAUUUUCUUCUCUAAGUUAACGGAUAUUUAUUUUUGUUUUACGUUUUGAUCCAAAAGAAAAUGUAUUUAUAAACCAGAGAAAAUAUAAGCUGGGAAUUAUCAACAAAUAAUAGUAGUACCCUUUCUGGAGGGCAAAAUUAGCGAGGAGGCAUAAUACGAGAAAUCAUGACGUCGAACUUGUCGUCCAUGACAUCGUUGUUGAUAAGGUUAGACAACAAUGUUUCAAACCGCGAAAGGUUUUAGCUCCACCUUUCUGAAUCAACUUUGAUYAGUUUUCCAUGGCACCAAAUUUAUACACUAAUAAAAAUUUGAUUUUCUUAAGACAUUAUCUCAAGUUUUUUCUAUUGUAAAAUUUAAAACUUCCGUUUUCAAACUCGAGCAAUAACGAUUUUAUGCCGACAUCUAGACGUUUAUAGUGUAUCUCGUAUUUCGUCGCCGUUUCAGGGUUAUCAACAAUAGUCCAUCAUGCAUUGCAACAGUAGUUGCCAUUUAGCCAUAUGCUGUAUCUUGUUCUGGUUAGAACAUUAUGGGAUAUCUGGAAAACUAACCAACUAUCAAGUGGCGAUUCCAUCACUCAACAGGGGGUCCUGACCAAAAAUGGAAAUUCAUGGGAACCAAAUGCUUCCCUGCGAUGCAGAGUUUUGGAAUUUGCUGCUUGCCGCUUAUUGCAACAUCUUAGACAAACUUACUGUAAAAUUUCUUUACAAAAUGGGAAACCAAUAAAAUGUGAGAAAUAUUCAAUGAAAA